UUCCCAGGAGGAUUUUGCUCUGAGGAGGCAAUGGCUGCUACCGGUUCGUCUCAGGCCCCAAUUUCAUUUGGGUUCAGUCGCAGCUCUAAAAAGAAACUCGGCUCGGCUGCGGACCUCGGGAACCGGGAGGAAGAUAAACGGGAGUAUCUGGUCGGGGCGGAAGGGAAGGAGUUGCUCAGCGUUAACCCUGCGCCGGCUGCCAAGGCUCUGGUGAUUCCCCUAAUACAGAAAAACCGGUGGUCCCAACCAAGCAAGACUCAGGAGAAGGCUCAGGAUGGAGACCCGAAACAUACCGAAGAAGAUGCUGUGUUGUCACAAGCUGUGCAGGAGCUGAUUCAAGAAUCACGGCGAUCCCAAGAGAAUGAUUCCGAGGAGAAUCCGACCGCCAGCAUCCCGCUGCUCAUGCAGAACAGGGUCCCUGACGGGUACGAAGACGGCGACAAAGUGGAUGUUCGUCUCCGGCCAGAAUCUGCAGAGGCUGCAGACUAUGAGGUGGUCCCUGUGGAGCAGUACGGGAUGGCCAUGCUGAGGGGCAUGGGAUGGAAAGAAGGAGAGGGAAUCGGACGAACCUUCAAAGAAGACGUUAAGCCAUUAGAGCAGAAGCUGCGGCCAAAAGGAUUGGGUUUAGGAGCCGACAGAUCUGCUAUUCAGGACUUGGAGCCACAGAAGCCACGCAGACCCCUAAAACCUGGAGAAGAACCAAAAGAAGAAGAAGCAAAAGGCCUGGGGCCGGGAAGUUCUGUGGAAAUCCAGAGUGGCGCACACAAAAACCUCUAUGGGAAGGUGGAGGGCAUUGACCCCGACAAUGCUAGAGCUAUGGUGAAGCUCGCCAUCGGGGGAAAUGUGGUCACCGUGUCUCAGUUCGCCCUACGAUUGGUCAGCAGUUCAGAAUACAAAACAUAUGCAAAGGAUCUAAGUCGGUUGAGUAAAGCUAAAAGACAAAAAGAUCUCGAGGAAGCUAAGGAGGAGCAACGCCGGGAACGGGAAUCGGAAGAAGGGGAGCAACACAGGAGAAGCAGAGAUGAACACAGGGAGCAAAGUCGGAACGGAGACUCCGGCCACAGACACAAAAGACCAAAACAGAGGAGUCCUGAACACGAGAAAGAGAAGAAGAAAACCAGGCAGGAGCCUCCAAGCUGGCUUCGUCGGGAUUUGAAAGUGCGAUUCAUUGACAAGCAUUAUAAAGGAGGAAAAUAUUACAACUCUAAGGUGCUGAUAGAAGACGUUCCGAGUCCUCGGAGCUGCGUGUGCCGGACAGAAAGUGGGCGCAUCCUAGAAGAUAUUAAGCAGGACAUGCUGGAAACCGUCAUACCCAAGGAGGAGGGAGAUCGUGUAAUGGUGGUCCUGGGGAAGCAUCGAGGGCAGGUUGGGACAAUUAUGCAUAGAGACAAGCACAAGUGCCACGCUCUGGUGCAGUUACAAGGGGAUCACGAGGAAGGCGUAACCUUAAGCUAUGAUGUCAUAUGUCACUACGCAGGGGAAAGAGAUGACUAAAGCCGGGCACACUUGGGGUGGAGCAGAGUCUUGUACAGUGUCAGAACUUUUAUCCUGAAUGCCUUCUUUUAUUUAAGGACUGUAAAUAAACAUGACAUUUGGUAUAAAA